AUGGACACAUGUAUAUACAUUUGUACUGUGACGCAAUAUAUAGUAUUAGUAGAAAUAAAAGGGAAAUUCUGCUUAUUGAAAAGUGCACUAGAAAAUCUCAUGAUGUACUUGGAUACACCACAAGGCAGUAGUAUUAAGAAUAGAUGGAAGAAAGAAAAAACACAAGGGCUCAAUGAUGAUGAGGGUAAUAUUAUUAUUAACAGUGUGGGUCCGAUUCCGGGUCUCUUUGUGCGUGUCUUUUUGUGUCUCUGUCGGGAUGUGUCUUCUCACGGAAGAUUUGACUUGAUUCGAUUCGAUUUGAUUUUCUUUUUUUCCUUCUUUCUUGCUUUGGUACUCUUGACAGUAGGACAAGAAAACAAGCUGAUCUGUCAUGGCCAAGGCACAUUUUUGUUAGGCCAUAAAACAAAAACAAAAAGUAAUAUAAAAGACAGAAAUAGUAGCUUUAGAGUACAAGACAAAUGUUUUGUCAAGAUGAGUAUAAAAUAUUUUAGAAUAUUGAUAAUUUUGAGAUGCCAGUACUGCCACCUGCCUUUGCUUCUGCCUUUCUGUCCGUCCAUCUUGUCUGUCUAUUUUACAGUUUUAUUUCUAUUUGCUAGGGCCGAUCCCGAACUAUCAUCCGGGUGCCAUUAUUAA